UUUUUCUUUUAAUCUAUAUUUAUUUCAACGAAAAAAGUAAAAAUAAUAAAAUCUAAAUAAGAAGUUGCAAAACCCAGAACCCUACAGAUCAUCCCCUACCUCGCUGCUUCGGGUCGAAUCAGCGAGUCGGGUCAAAAUUCACCUGAGAAAAAUGUUCGCGAGGCGGUUCACUUCGUUCUUCAAAGGAUCUUCAACCUCAAGCCCGGACAAAACAGCUGGGACAUUGGGCUCUUUUGGUCGCAAGGCAGUGUCUUUCGUCUUGAUUACAGUCACUGGUGGUGUUGCUUUGAGUGCUCUCGAUGAUCUUUCUAUCUAUCGUGGAUGUAGCAGCAAGGCGAUGGAGAAGGUGAUGAAUAGUAAGGUGAUGAUUGAAGCCAUCGGAGAGCCAAUUGAGAAAGGGCCAUGGUACAAUGCUUCACUAGCUGUUUCUCACCAAAGGCACUCAGUGUCUUGUUCAUUCCCUGUGAUUGGACCACAAGGCACAGGAAUCUUGCAUCUCAAAGCUGUUCGCAAUGGAGAAGAUAGCAUGUUCGGGUUUCUCCAGCAAAGGGACUGGGACAUUCUGAUAAUGGACGCACUUGUCCAUGUCCCGUCAAACGAGGGACCCCAACAAACCUUGAGAAUCAACGUUACUGACAUCGUUGAUCCUUCGCCUGGUACCCACGAUAAACCUUUGGAACCAUUAGAGCCAGAGAAGAGCUAAAAAGAGAAAGAGAGAGAGAGAGAGAACGCUUGGUGGAGCUCCUGGCUAGGGUUUUAUUCCAUUCCAUUAUAUCUUGUGGAACAAGAGAGAGAAUUGGGUCUUUUAUUUACUAAUAAUGAACAAUUUUUUAGGAGUAUACAAAAGUUGAAUACAUGAUUGAGAGUCUAGUGAAUAACAGCAUUGCUAUAUCCGUUUUGAUUUGGCCUCCUUUAUGUUUUCAUAUAUAUGUUUUACGUGUUUGUUUAAGCAUUCAAGUCCUAAUUGCAUCAAUCAAAAUGUAAAUUAGAAUC